UAUACUUAUUUGAAUAUAUUCUUGAGUUGAUGUUAAUCCUGCAGGUAACUAUAUUACCGACAGAGUAGGAUUAGUUCUACAACCCCCCCAAAGGUCGUUGCAAUCAAACAUGUUGCCAACAAAUUUCUACAAAAAGACACGCCUUCGUCCAUGUCAUAAGUCAUAACAUAACCCUCAAUCCAGUCCUAAAAAAAUGGAAAAUUACAAAAAGGGUAAAAACAUUGAGGAACCUCUCGAAAGAGACAAAAUCCCAAUUCCUAAUCUUCCACCAAACUUCCUUUGGAUGCAGGUAAAAGGUGGAAGUAAGAUUCGUAAUCUUUUAUCACAUGCAAUUAACGAAUUUCCAGAAGUUAAACAUGUAAUCUGGACAGGUUUUGGACCAUCUGUAGGAAAAUGUAUCACAUGUGCAGAAAUAAUGAAGAGAGAAUUUAAUAAUUCUUUACAUCAAAUAACCAAAUUAUCCUAUAGAAAAGUUGAUGAAUAUUGGGAUCCUAUACUCUCUGAAUUAGAUCAAUUAAUUGUUAAAAGAAGGCUACCAAUGAUUCAUAUAUACUUAUCGACUGAAAAUUUAAAUACAGAAGAAUUAGGAUAUCAAGCUCCAGGAGAAACUAUUGCAUUUAAUAAAGAUGGUCAAAAUAAAAGAACCUCACACAAUAAGAAAUUUGGAGGCCAAUACAUCAAAAGUAGGAAUAAAAACAAAGCCACAAAUGGCAAUGAAAAAAGUAGCUCUAGCAAUACAAAAAAUGAGAAUGGAUAGUUCCACAUAUUCAAUAAAAAUGUUAUUGCAUUAUUUUUAUUUGAACCCCAGACCUAACGUUUAAUUAAUAUGAUUCUAAAGUGUCUAAACAGGUUUAAAAAGAUUCUAAUUUAUAAAUUAAUCCAAUUCCAUUUUUUCAUAGGAGUGCAACAGUCCUUUUGACCUGAGACUUUUCACUACUUUUUGAGUUUCCCUAUCCUUAGCUAUUGUAAAGUUUAUUUACAAUUUCUUUAGAUCAACUUAUUUUUAAAAUCGAUUUAUAUUUGUCAAAAAAUAAAGAGGUGAAGAAAUAAAAACAAUUUAUAAAAGUGCCUAAU